CCCCAUGAUGCCUUGCGCGCCCCGUUUCCAGGAUACGGUGCAGGCAGCCAAUGCUAAAAACACCAGAAUUUUAACGGAACUUAAACGGAAAGUUUUGUCGCUUUAAACGAAAAAAAUAACCACGAAUUAGCCACCGGGCAGAUUUUUCCGUUGUGACGUGUUUCCGGUUUCAGGGAGUGGGUUUUAGACUUGCUGUUAGCAACGUAGUUAGCAUUAGCACAGCUUAGCUUCCCGUUAGUCCAGCUCUGAAACCAAUCGGUGCUAAAGCUGGAUUUAAUGGGACGUUAACGUGUAGAACCGCCGCUGACUGUCCCGGUAAGCUGCCGGUGCCCUAUGGAGAGAGCUAACCGGCGGAAAGACGCCCAGCUGGUGAAGAACCAGCCUGGCGACGAGAGCCUGGAGGUGGAUGGAGAGGAGGUGACGAGCCUCCACAGCCCGACUCCCCGCAGACACCCACAGCUCAGAUGGUUUUCCUGAGCAGAAUCACACCCAGAACCGGUACCUGGGUGCUGUUAGGGCCCAUUACAGCAGUCUAGAGUCUGGACCAGCGUCACCUGUAUUGGCUGCUCACCUGAGUCCACAUGCAUCCUUGUCUCCAGUCAGAAGCACACAGGAAGACCCACAGCCUCCUGUCAGCCAACAGCAGCAGUGAUGAGUUCAAGGACCACCACAGGCCUCAGAGACCCACUGAGCCUGGGCCCGGUCCAAACCAGGACGAGGAGGAAGAGGAGGAUUCUGAUGAGGAAGAUACAGAUGAUGAUGAUGAUGAUGAUGAGCCCACAGAGUCUCUGGAAGGAGCUUACAACCCAGCAGACUACGCUCACCUACCUGUUAGCACUGAGAUCAAAGAGCUGUUCCAGUACAUCACCCGCUACACCCCCCAGACCGUGGACCUGGAGCACUCCCUGAAGCCCUUCAUCCCAGACUUCAUCCCAGCUGUUGGAGACAUUGACGCCUUCCUGAAGGUACCGAGGCCAGAUGGUAAACCAGAUGAACUGGGUCUGAUGGUUCUGGAUGAGCCCAGUGUGAAGCAGUCUAACCCCCAGGUGCUGUCCUUAUGGCUGUCAGAGGAGAGCAAGCAGCACCAGGUCACACAGCACAUGAAGACGGUGACGAGCGUGGCACGUCCCCAGCUCCACCCCCGAGCCGUGGACAGCUGGGUGGACAGCAUCGGCGCUCUGCACCGGUCCAAACCUCCGGCCAGCGUCCAGUACAGCCGGCCGGUGCCGGACAUCGACAGCCUGAUGCAGGAGUGGCCCGCCGAGCUGGAGGAGCUUCUGGGACGCCUGCAGCUUCCCUCCGCCCGGCUGGCCUGCAGCCUGUCUCAGUAUGUGGACAUCGUCUGCUGCCUGUUGGACAUCCCCAUCUACAGCAGCAGGAUCCAGUCCCUGCACCUGCUCCUCAGCCUCUACCUGGAGUUCAGAGACUCUCAGCACUUCACCCGCAGGGCCUAGGGACAGCUGUCCCUCACCUGUCCUGUCCAGCUGUCUCUGACCCGUCCAGGGGGACACCAGCUGAUUGGACUCCUUGUUCUACAGUCUGAGCUGUUGUUUUCUUGGUUCUGGUUCCUCUGAAGGACGUCUCUGUGGUCCUGAAUGUGCUGAUGCUCUUGUCUAAUAAAGGUGAGAAGCCAAA